UUGUCAGUUUAUUUUGUACUACAGUUUUCCCCAAUGCCCAACCAAACCGUCCACCAUCACCAACUGGACCGGGAAUACAAGAACUCACUUGGUCUUCUGAAGGAGCAAAUCCCUUCGGUUCGUGAUCCCAAUGAAAUCGCAAUCUGUGCCAAAUGGAUUCAACGUUUCAACCAAGUCCAUUCCUCGGAAAAGCCUUACCGGAACAAGUUGAUGGAGCUCUUGAUCGGCCAGCUGGCCAAGGACAACCUAAACUAUCCGUUCAUAUUUCUCAACAAUCUGGAUAAGCCUUUGUCGCUUGUGGAUCAAGAAGUGCGACAGUUGUUUUUCAGCAGUGGAGAGGAAGGAGGCGAUUUGGAGGAUAUUCUUUUGAAUAUGAAACAGUUGUUGGUUGAUGCCGAAACGAUGAAUAUUCGGGUUGAAGAGGAUUUGGAAUCGAUCCGGAGUGAAACUUUGGCGAUUAAACAAGUAGAGUCGCGUAGCUUGGAUUACAGUUUGUUAUUAUGUGAUGAGCUCAGGCGCUUGCUCACUGAUGAGAUUCCUAAAGUGGUUGCUGUCCCGAAUCGGCAGAUCGUAUACGUCGAUGGAUUGAAACAAGCGGAUUUGAAUUGGAUUCUGCUGUCGGUUGAAGCAAUUCGACAAACAGUGAUAGCCAAAUUACCAGUUAUUCCGGAAAACGCUUCAAAAGCAGUGCAGACCCACAGAGAUUGGAAAUUGGAUAAUUUGGAAGCUUACUACGAGCGAAAGUUUGCUCGGCUUUAUACGGAUUCCUUACUGAAGGAGCGCGCACAACAGAUCAAAUUGAAAUCGGAGAAAGGAGGAAGUCAGAUAGACCAAUCACGAAAGUUUGAAAGACGGUUUCGAAGAAAAAUCGGUCAACAAACAACUUGA